AUGGCAUCUGUGACAACGAUAAAAAUAAUAGCGUUAAGAAAAAAACAACGACUGCUUGUGGAGAAAAUCAAUCAGCAAUUGAAUGAACAAAUUCAGCUUAAUCUUGUACAACCAACUACGACCACGCAAACAACAAAUAAUUCUGACGUUAUUAAGCAAAUUCAAAACCAACUUGCCAAUCAACAAUUACUCCUUCAACAAGUUUCUUCAAAACAACAGCAACAAUCGAUUCCCAGUCUAUUUAGCAUUACAAAUUCGAAUAAUACGAAUCAACCAACUACGGCUACUGUUCAAUAUUUAACAACAUCCACACCUAAUAAUUCUUCGACUAGUGAUUCACCAUCGAUCAUUUCAAUUUCCACGCGUCCCCUUCAGCAACAAGCAACGACUGUUAAUUUAACCGACCUUAUAGCAGCAGCUCGAACUAAUACUACCGGUUUGAAUAUUCUCGGAAACAAUAAUACCGAAACUCGAAUUGUCAUGCCGGCGACGACUAUCAAUCGGUCAUCAACAACUGCACAUCAGCAAGCAGAUAUAAAUAAUCCACUGUUCCAGCGGAACUAUUGCCGAUGGCCUAGUUGUGAUACACUAUGCUCUUCAUUAGCUGAAUUUCAUCGUCAUCUCAAUGACGAACACGCGCUCGAUGAUCGUUCAGUUGCUCAAGCACGUGUACAACAACAUGUUGUUCAACAACUUGAAGCAUUGCUGACGCGUGAACGAGAAAUUCUUCAAGCAAUGAUGAGACAUUUACAUGGCGGCUCAACGACGACCAAUGGUGCAACAUCAUCGAAUUCAACAUCCGCACAUAUUGUCACUCAACCAGCAACACGCACAUUGACAGCAUCAGGUCCGUAUCAAACCUUAACAUCCAAUACUCGUGCAACACAAUUAGCGUCUUUGUCUUCACCAGCUUCGUCAUCUUCAUCUAUCAAUAAUACAUCUUCGUCAGCGGCGGCUCUUCAUCAUUUGCCCAUUGUCAAAUUAGAAAAUGCAUUUUUAACAUCAGCCGGUGUUGUGACAACGACGAAUUCGCUCGAUUCCUAUCGCACAGCAACAUCUCAAGAUCUCUCCUCUGGCACGAAUGCAACAACAUCAGCUAUCCUACGUGCUAGUGCAUCAAGUUCUCCACCACCUGUUCAUACUGUCGAAGAAGAAGUUGGAGAUGAUACACAAGACGAUGACAUGGACGACGAUAUGGACGAUCCCAAUGGCGAUUUAUCAUCACAUACCAAUCCAAAUGGAAGUAUUUUACCUGUACUAAGCAUGAGCAAACAUCGACUCAGUCGGAAAUCAAAAGAUAUGUUAGCAUUAGGCGGAAAGAAAGCAGGAAAAGGCAAAGAAUUAAAAAACCGUGAAUAUUAUAUGACACAUGACGUGCGCCCACCGUUUACGUACGCAACAUUGAUUCGUCAGGCUAUUAUUGAAUCUCCAGACAACCAAUUAACAUUGAACGAAGUUUAUAAAUGGUUCGAGGGUCAAUUUCUCUAUUUUCGAAAGAAUGCGCAAACCUGGAAGAAUGCCGUACGACAUAAUUUAUCCUUACAUAAAUGCUUUAUGCGUGUCGAAAAUAUCAAAGGCGCCGUAUGGACGGUGGAUGAAGGUGAAUUUUGCAAGAGACGUCUCACACGCGGUGCAGAAAAGGGAAAUAACCAUCACGAGUCGUCUUCGUAUGGACACAAUACAUCUGCUCGUUUGUCCACAGGCGAAGACCAAGCACUUUAUUCUUAUCCAUUCAGUAUGGAUGAUGAUUACAAAGAUUUCAAAGGUUUAUUGAAUCCACAUGAAUUAGCAUUGGGCGGUGGACACUCCCAUGACCAUGACGAUGAUGAUGAUGAAGAAGAUGGAAAUAAUUCUGAUAGUAUCAACGGUAACGGUGGUGAUCAUCAUGAUCAAUCAACCGAUAUGAAUCAUAGUCAUUAUGAUCAAACCGAUGAUGACGAUGGACAAAACGAUAUGAGAAAAAUACUAAAGAAAAUUCGAAAAAAGGUUUAG